GCAAAACAUCAACACGCUCCGGGCCUCUCGUGUUGUGAGUGUCUAAAAAUGGUGAUGUCCUUAAAUAACUCUCAUCCCCUUCGGAAUUUUCGAUAGUGUUCCGGAAAGAACGGGAACACGUGCUUCUGCCGGCUUCGAACGCUCGCUGCGUCUCUCGCGCUGGAAAAAACUGACUCCACAAAGAUGCCGGACGUGGUCCAGGAUGCGGGGGGUCCGGUGGACCCCCGGGAGGAGGGGAACGCCCUCUUCUCCAGGGGGGACUGGAAGGGUGCCGCCCGGGCGUACACCCGGGGCCUGAGGGAGUGCGGGGGCGGCAAGGAGAGGGCCACGCUCCUCAAGAACCGGGCGGCUGCCUACCUCAAGACGGGUGACUACGAGAAGGUCGUGAGGGACACAGACGAAGCCCUGGAGCUGUGCCCCAGCGACGUGAAGGCCCUGUUCCGGCGCUGCCAGGCCAGGGAGGCGCUGGGCCAGUUCAGCGAAGCGUUCAAGGACGCCAGGGCCGUGCACCACCUGGACCCCAAGAACGCCGCGGUGCAGCCAAUCCUCACCAGGCUCAACGUCAAGCUGCAGGAAAAGGCCAAGGAGCAGGCCAGCACCUUGAACAAGGUGAAGAGCAUGUUCGACUACCUGCUGGGGGAAGACGUUUCCCAGGAGAACAGAGUGCAGGCCGCCAACAACCUGCUGGUGCUGUCGAAGGAGAAGGCCGGCGCGGAGCUGAUCAUGGCGCAGAGUGGCGUCCCCAAGCUGCUGGCGGCCAUGAAGCUGGAGAAGAACGAGCAGAUCUCCAUGGCGAUCGUCCGAAUCCUCAGCGAGCUCUGCAAGAAGGACACGGACAGGACCCUGGUGGUCCUGGGUGAGGUGGGCGUGCCCUUCCUGGUGGAGAACCUCAACUCCUUCUCUGAGGAGUACGUGGCCUGCGUCCAGUACCUGGUGCAGGUGGUGCUGGAUUCCCUCUCCGGGAUGGACCUCAGGGAGGGGAAGAAGCCGGACAAGGUCCUCAUGAAGGAGAACGAGGCGGCCAUCGACGGCAUAAUGGGCGCCCUGGUGGGCAGCGUUUCCGCCCGCACCAUGUCGGCCGAGGGCAGGGACGCCAUCCUGGAGCUGAUCAUGAAGAACGUGGAGUACGGGGCCCUCAACUGGGCCACCAAGCUGGUGCGCUCCGACGGCCUGUGGAACAUGCUGGAGGUGUCGAGCGAGCUGCGGGAGAUCCGGUACGAGAGCAGCAUGCGGGUGUCGGGGCGCACCCCCACCCACGUGGCGGUGGCCCUGGAGCGGGUAUACGACUCCAUGGACCACGACCGGGCGCGGGAGGAGUACCGCACGAAGGUCAUGGAGUUCAUCGGCGAGAAGCUGAAGGGGCCCGACAUCGAGAGCAAGGUGCGGGCGACCGCGGUCAUCACGGCCCUGCUGCAGGGCCCGCUGGACGUGGGCAACCACUGCCUGGGACAGAAGGGGGUGGUGGAGAUGAUGCUGGCCAUGGCCAACAGCGACGACGAGCUGCAGCAGAGGGUCGCGGCGGAGGCCAUCAUCGCGGCGGCGGCCAAGAAGGACAAGUGCACCACCAUCGUGUCCAUGGGCACGGACAUCCUGAAGAAGCUCUACCAGUCCAAGAACGACGCCAUCAAGGUGCGCGCCCUGGUGGGCCUGUGCAAGGUGGGCUCCAGCGGCGGCUUCGACGCCUCCGUCAAGCUGUUCAGCGAGGGCUCCUCCAUGAAGCUGGCCCACGCCUGCCGCAAGUUCCUGGUCAACCCCAAGAAGGACAAGGACCUGCGUAAGUGGGCCGUCGAGGGCCUGUCCUACCUGACGCUGGACGCAGACGUCAAGGAGGAGCUGAUCCGGGACGAGGCGGCCAUGGCGGCGCUCUUCGAGCUGGCCAGGACGGGGGACCUUUCCGUGGUGUAUGGCUGUGUGACCACCCUGGUGAACCUGACCAACAGCUAUGACCAGGAAGAGAUGAUCCCUGAACUGGUGGAGCUGGCCAAGUUUGCCAAACAGCACGUCCCAGAGACCCACAUCAAGGACAGCAAGGAGUUCACGGAGGCGCGCGUCCGCCGCCUGACGGAGCUGGGCGUGACCCCGGCCCUGGUGUCCCUGGCCAAGUCGGAGAGCAAGAACUCCCGGGAACUCAUCUCCCGGGUGUUCAACGCCAUCUGCGAGCAGCCGGACCUGCGCGGGGCGGUGGUGCAGCAGGGCGGCGCCAAGGUCCUGGUCGGCCUCGCCCUGGAGGGCACCGACAAGGGCAAGCUGAUCGCCGCCCAGGCCCUCUCCCGCAUCGCCAUCACCAUCGACCCAGAGGUGGCCUUCCCCGGACAGAGGUGUGCGGAAGUGGUGAGACCCAUCAUGGCCCUUCUGCAUCCAGAGUGCAAGGGGCUCCAGAACUUUGAAGCCCUCAUGGCCCUCACCAACCUGGCCCAGGUCAGCCCCAGCGUCAGGCAGAGGAUCCUGAAAGACAGUGGAAUAACGAAGAUCGAAGACUACAUGUUCCAGCAAGAUCAUGUGAUGUUGGGCAGAGCAGCCACACAGUGCAUCGCAAACAUGAUGCUCUCCGAUGAGGUGGUCCACCUGUACGAGCUCGAGGACAACGACCGCGUCAAGUUCCUGGUGCUGUCCUCGGACGACGAGGACCCGGACACGGCCAAGGCCGCCUCCGGAUGCCUGGCCAUGCUGACCGGGGUCAGCCGCAAGGCCUGCAAGAAGGUGCUGCAGGUGAAGCAGUGGCACGAGAUCGUGCGCAAGCUGUGCGCCUGCGGGGACAAGGAGCUGUGCCACCGGGGCGUGGCGGUGGCGCACAACCUGGUGCACGCGGGCGGGGAGUGUGCCGAGCGGGUGGUGGAGACGGACCUGCUGGAGAUCCUGAUGGCGCUGGUGCGGCCCGAGGUGGACGACGUCCCGCAGAAAGUCAAGGACCUGGCCGCCGAGACGCUGGCGGAGGCGCAGCGCCUGCGCCUCAUACGGGCCAACACGGGAGGGCAGGAGGAGGACGAGGAGGAGGCGUGAGGUGUACAGAUUUCGUACUCACAGAGCGAGAGGACCAGUGCCACAAGAAGACUUUUACAUCGCUGAAGAUGGAGUAUUUUAUUGCAUUUGAAUCCUAUUUUGGGACACCUUUAGCGAACUGUCAUUUUUACCAGUAUUUAUAUUGUAAAUACCCGAAUAAAAUUUCCG